AUGACUCCACUCCCACGUGGACCAUGGGAGAAGGUGAGCAUUGAUUUUGCUGAAGUAGCUGGACAAUAUGUACUUGUAGUCAUUGAUGACUAUUCAAGAUUUCCUGAAGUUGUUCACUCAACGUCUGCGAAGGCAGUGAUCCCAAAGCUGGAUCGCAUGUUUGCUGCUUAUGGCGUUCCACAUGUUGUAAAGUCAGACAAUGGACCACCAUUCAAUGGCAAUGAGUUUUCUCAGUUUGCUGACUACCUCGGUUUCAAGCACCGCAAAGUUAUGCCCUUAUGGCCUGAAGCAAAUGGUGAGGUUGAGAGGUUCAUGAGAACUUUUGGCAAAGUUCUUCGCACCUCUACUAAUUGGAAGCAAAGCAUGUUUAGUUUUCUUCGCAACUACAGAGCCACACCACACUGUACUACUGGUGUUGCUCCAGCCACUGCUCUCUUUGGACGACCAAUCAGAGUCCAGCUGACUGACACAAUCAAGUUGCCUUCGGGCAACCCAUUUGACCCAAAUGACAUGCGAGAGAAAGAUGCACUCCAAAAACAGAAGAUGAAGAAGUAUGCAGAGGACAGAAGAAACAUCAGAGAAUGUGACAUUAAAGUUGGUGAUACUGUGAUAGUUAAGCAGCCAAAGAAGGAAAAGCUGUCAACACCUUAUCAUCCUUCACCCCUGAAAGUGGUUGAAAAGAAUCACAGCAUGAUAACUGCGGAGAAUGAAGAAAGAAGAGUUACUCGUAACUCAUCACACUUCAAAGAGUUGUCAACUGAUCCUGACUCCAACAGCCCUGAAGAACCCAUGACUGAAGUUGGAACUGAACCUGCAUGUGCAACUCGAAGGUCUACAAGGAUUACCAGACCACCACAAAGACUCAUUGAGGAGAUGUAA